UGCCGCCGCCGCCCGGGUUCCUCUCCCCCUCUCUCGGGCGCUCCCUGCCAAGCCCAUGAUGUAAUGGUGUAUGUUAAUCAGUAGCAUGUGGGGAGCUCCGGGCGGCUCAGUCCUUCGCGAGCCGACACUGGAGGCAGCAGCGGCGGCGAUAGCGCCCCGAACCCGCAGCGCCGCACUCUUCCGCGUGCUGCCAGCCCCGACGGCAUGGCCCGCAGCCAGCGCUCCGAGCGCCCCCAACCCCGCUGAUUGCUGCCACAGCUCCGGACCCGCGCGCAGGGCCCCAAGCCGCAGGGAUGAGCCGCGUGGAGUGAUUGCCGCUUGGGAAUGCGGGUGUGAAGGGUCCGAGCUACCGCCCAGCGGGGAGGAGACCCCGGGACGCCGGAAAUCACCAUCCUGAAGCUACGAGAAAAGGGGAAAGAGCAUUCUUCAUCCAGUUUUGUGCCUUGUGAGGGAUUUAUAUUUUUAAUCGCUAUUUUUUACAAAAGAAACAUCUCCGUGCUACUGUCUGUCACCGUCUCUGGGGAAUCAACCAGAACCACCAGAACAUAACUGAACCGAGAGAGAGGGGGAAAGAGAGAGAGGCACGAGCCGAGUCAGUACCUGCAGCGCCCGGGCACCGGAGACCUUGGAACCAGAACGCGUCUCAGGAGGCCGGGGGCUGCGGCUCCGCCAAACUUUGGGGCGGGCAGGAGCGCCUAGGGGCUUCGUAGACGGAGGGCGGCCCCCUAACCAUGAUGUUUCGCGACCAGGUUGGGGUGCUGGCGGGCUGGUUUAAGGGCUGGAACGAGUGCGAGCAGACUGUUGCGCUGCUGUCGUUGCUCAAGCGCGUGAGCCAGACCCAGGCCCGCUUCCUCCAGCUCUGCCUGGAGCACUCUCUGGCCGACUGCGCCGAGCUGCACGUCCUGGAAGGAGAGGCCAACAGCCCGGGAAUCAUUAACCAAUGGCAACAGGAAUCCAAGGAUAAAGUGAUUUCCCUUCUGUUAACUCACCUGCCUUUACUGAAGCCAGGGAACCUCGACGCGAAAGUAGAGUAUAUGAAACUGCUGCCCAAGAUCCUGGCGCACUCUAUCGAACACAACCAGCACAUUGAGGAGAGCAGACAGCUGCUGUCCUAUGCUUUGAUCCACCCGGCCACUUCCUUAGAAGACCGAAGUGCUCUAGCCAUGUGGCUCAAUCAUUUGGAGGACCGUACAUCAACCAGCUUUGGUAGCCAGAACCGAGGCCGCUCAGACUCUGUGGAUUAUGGACAGACACACUACUAUCACCAAAGACAGAACUCGGACGACAAGCUCAAUGGGUGGCAGAACUCUCGGGAUUCUGGGAUUUGCAUCAGCGCCUCCAACUGGCAGGACAAAAGCCUGGGGUGUGAGAAUGGCCACGUGCCCCUCUACUCCUCUUCAUCUGUCCCUACCACAAUCAACACGAUUGGAACCAGCACAAGUACGAUUCUCUCAGGCCAGGCACACCACAGCCCUUUGAAACGAUCUGUUUCCCUUACCCCACCCAUGAAUGUGCCAAACCAGCCUCUAGGACAUGGAUGGAUGUCUCAUGAGGACUUACGAGCUAGAGGACCCCAGUGCCUCCCAUCCGAUCAUGCCCCCCUGUCUCCACAAAGCAGUGUAGCCUCUUCAGGAAGUGGUGGGAGUGAACACUUAGAAGAUCAGACCACUGCUCGUAACACAUUCCAAGAAGAAGGUAGUGGUAUGAAAGAUGUUCCAGCUUGGUUAAAAAGCCUCCGCCUGCACAAAUACGCUGCUCUGUUCUCGCAGAUGACUUAUGAGGAGAUGAUGGCCCUCACCGAGUGUCAGCUGGAGGCUCAGAAUGUUACCAAAGGUGCAAGACACAAAAUUGUAAUCAGUAUUCAGAAGCUCAAAGAAAGACAAAAUCUCCUGAAGUCUUUGGAAAGGGACAUCAUCGAAGGGGGCAGCCUGCGCAUCCCCCUCCAGGAGCUCCAUCAGAUGAUCCUGACACCCAUCAAGGCCUACAGCUCUCCCAGCAACACGCCUGAGGCACGCCGCCACGAGCCUUCGCUGAUGGGCCCGGAGAACCCAAGCACCGACUGCAAAGACAGUGCCACGGUGGCCAACAGCGUCACAGCCAGUGCCUCAGCUGGCGCCAGUGGUGGGCUGCAACCACCCCAACUGAGCAGCUGCGACGGGGAGCUGGCUGUUGCCCCUCUGCCGGAGGGGGACCUCCCCGGGCAGUUCACACGAGUCAUGGGAAAAGUGUGCACACAGCUCUUGGUGUCCAGACCUGAUGAGGAAAAUAUAAGUUCCUAUCUACAGCUCUUAGACAAGUGUCUCGUUCAUGAGGCAUUUACAGAGACGCAGAAAAAAAGAUUGUUGUCAUGGAAACAGCAGGUGCAGAAGCUCUUUCGGUCUUUCCCUCGGAAAACCCUUCUAGACAUAUCAGGAUAUCGACAGCAAAGAAAUCGUGGCUUUGGGCAGUCCAACUCCCUCCCGACAGCCAGCUCUGUGGGCAGUGGCAUGGGCAGACGGAACCCACGACAGUACCAGAUUGCCUCUCGCAAUGUCCCUUCUGCUCGCCUUGGUCUCUUGGGCACCAGUGGAUUUGUUAGCUCCAACCAACGCCACACGGCUGCCAACCCCACCAUCAUGAAACAAGGAAGACAGAACCUCUGGUUUGCCAACCCCGGGGGCAGCAACAGCAUGCCCAGCCGCACCCACAGCUCCGUCCAGAAGACCCGCUCGCUGCCUGUGCACACUUCCCCACAAAACAUGCUCAUGUUCCAGCAACCAGAAUUCCAGCUUCCUGUGACUGAACCUGACAUCAACAACAGGCUGGAAUCCUUGUGUCUCAGUAUGACGGAGCAUGCCCUAGGAGAUGGGGUUGACCGGACCUCCACAAUCUAGAAUCUGAAGAUGAGAGUGACCGCGCUGGCCGUGAAAUCGACUGCUGCGGGCCCAGUGUCAGCCAUCUUCAGGGUUGCAUAGAAUCUUCCAAGACCCUUUGCAGCCUUUUUCCCCUGGUCCCUCACCCAUUUUGAUUUUGUGAGAGCGUAGGUCAUCCUUGUAAACAUAUCAGUAGACCUGGGGUUGGUUAUGUUGUCAUUUGUUUCUGUCGUGGGAUGGGACGGUAUGCAGGGUGGGGAGGGGACUCUAGGGAAAGGUGGGGCUGGGUGGGGGUGGAAGGAUGCUUAUGGCUUCCUGGAUGGAAAUGGGGUAGAGAAGAGUACUGCUAGGAGAGAUGCAAGAGACACACAGGAGGGAGGUGGCAGCCCUGUCCUGGGGAAGCUUGCUAGUCAGGCUGCAGAAGAUGGAGGGUACAAGCAACUAGAGCAAGAUGGUGGCCAGCCUGUUUGUGUCUCCUCGACUGGAUUUCCCUGAGGCCCUGCUUGAAACAGUCACCAGAGAGGGCCAUGUGGCAACAAGGGCAAGAGGACAAAAUCCCUCCAGCAGACUUUCAGAUAAACUUUGAUUUGUGUAUUGUUUACAUAAGAAUUUUAAAGGGUACAUAAUGUGUAGAGUUUGGGUAGAACUUCUCUUCAUACUAUGGUUUUUGUAAAAGACUGAUUGUUAUGGAUUCAUUUUGUCUCAUCUAUUUUUAUAAUAGUAGCAGGGUUGUCUUUUAAAACGACUGCCAAGCUCUGCUUCUCGGGAAGAUGGAUGCAGUCACGUGGGCCUCAAGUUGCCUUCUUCCACCAUGAGGUGGGAGGAGUGUGUGGAUGGAUGUGAAGGGUGAGGAUGGUGGCGCCAUGUGAUCAGUUAUGGUUUGCUCAUAGGUCACCCAGAGAUGAUAAACUUUGCAAGCUCUUUCUGUGCUGGAUUUGCAUCCCACCCAAGGCCUGUCUUGCUUCCCAAACUCCCCACAGGCUCCAUUCUACCACCCCUGGUCUCACUCCACAGACACACAAGUGGGUACAAGUCUCAUUAGAGGUCUCCGCCUCAGAACAUUUGCAGGAGCCUAACCCUGGGAACUGUAUCCCUUUUAUGACACCUCUGCUGAAGAAGAACGGUCCAGCAAUAGUACGAGAGAUCAGCGCAGAGAGGCAGAGGUGCCACUGUCCAAGGCAGGAUAUGACAGCAGAAUCAGGAAAGGUUAAAGCAAUGGUGGCUUGCCCAUGCACAUAAGUCGAGAUUUGCUGUAUUGUGGGAUGAAAACACGCAUGAACCCAUUAUGCAGUGAGAGAUUAGCUGUGCACCACAGUGUCAUAGAUCUAUUUCUUAAGGGCAAUAAAGACAGUAUUUCAGAAUUAGGUACAAUGGAGGAUAUUAGAGGGGAUUGUAAAGGAACUGUGCAUUGCACUGGAAAAUUAGUUGUGCAAAUGGGAUGGUGUAAAUGCUUAACCAGAGGCAUAAUCUAGGAGCUAAUAUAAGACCUGUUUAUCAAACGGUGAGACUGAUGCCUCUUUUAAAAAAUAAAAUGAUACCCAAGUCAAAAUUAAAGGGAUCGGACCAUGCAGAUGACUGUCCCUUGCUCAUGGUGACGUUAAUGAGGGGCAUCCAGACUUUAAAGGCCUUAAUAAAAUCCAUGCAACUUUGACUGUCAAGAUUACAAAUGUACACCUAGCCUAGCCUUGGAGAGAACAUGAAGUCCUAUUACAGUCCAACAGGCCAAGGGCACCAUAGGCAGAUAGAGCUUUUAGCAAGCACAGAGGGUUUGGGUGAGCUAUGCCAUGCAGCACAUCACAAGAACAGUAACAAAAGUCAGGCCACUCCUGGGUGAGCAGGUCUUGAAGAUGCAAAUUCAUGUGCAGAAGGAGGCAGCAUGUUUAGUUUAUAUGUGUGUAUAUAUAUAUAAAAAUUUUAACCAAGUGCCAUUAACACUUACCCCUCACGUACCUUUUCCAAACAAUCUCGAUGCUGGGAAAGGAGCUGGGAUGGAAGAUCACAUGUAAGGCAGAAUAGGUCAAAAUGUAGAAAGCCAAAGGCAAGGCCAGAGGGUCUGAGGAUGUGUUUGGAGGAUGCUGAGAAGGUAAACAGAGAGGAACAAUGGGAUUCCUCAUCUUUUAGGAAGCAAAAGGUGUUUGGAUCUGCCACAUACCCGUAAGGACAUAGGCUAUUCAGAAGCCACGUGAUGAUCACAAUCGCACGAAUGUGAGUCUUUUAAAAAGAAGACCAUAGAGUAUUUGCAAAUCUGAAUUCCUAUUUAUUCCUUCACUGAAUAUAGAAACAAUGGUUAUCUGAUUAUUAGAGAUAUUAUUUUGGAUAUGUUACUUAUUAUCUUGCUAUGGCUGGUAACCAUGAUAAAGUCUGUUAUUAGUAACAACAUAAUUUUUUUUUAAAACAAAAAAAAAGGAAAGCUUAUUUUUCAUUGACUGUAUAGACUUAUCUACUUAGUUGUGGUUUGCUAUGUUAAUUUUUUUUAAGUUUUCUGAUGAUUUUAAGAGACUCUCCCCCACCUUGUUUUGAGUCCUGUGUUGACUGCAGGUACACAGCUCAAUUUUAAAAAUCCUAAAGCAAAGGAAUCUUAUUUAUACAAAGAAACAAAUGGUUUCAUGCCUGAGGCUGUGAGGGCUAGACCCAUAGGAAUAAGCUGCAGUGCCUUUUUUUGUAUUUACCCAUUGACACCCCUCCAUGCAGCUGUUUUAUAUUAAAUAGUAAAGGUUUGAAACUCUCAGAGUAAAAUCUUUCACUGCUUAGGUUCCACACACACACACUCUGGUUUAAGCGGCAUGUCUCUGCACUGUCUGAAGUGCAGUGCUGGUCUACAAUAUCAUGGGUGAUGUUUUAUUGGUGCUUUAUACUCAUAGCGUUUUCGUACCAGAAAACAGUAGGAAGAAACACAGGAACUGUGUACAAGACACGAAACAUUGCUGCUGCUGAUGGUGUUUUGUUUUGUUUUUCUCCUUCCCUGACACAUGCUUUUGAGUUUCACUUAAAAAACAAAAAAAAAAAAAAAAAAAAAAAAAACAAACAAAAACACACACACACACACACACAAAUCCAGCAAGCAAAAUAGAUGCUGCUGGGUCUGCCUGCCAAGGGCUGCUGUUUGCACCAAGUGCUCUCAUAUCCUGGGUCUUUCUCUGCUACCCAGGAUGGGAGCUGCGGCUGGGCCCCACCUCCCAUUCUUCUGAGGCGACACUGAGGGAAACCAGAUUUUCUUUUGAGGUGUCGCUGGCUGCCUUUUAGGGAAUGGGGGUCUUCUCCGGGUCUCUUGUUCUUCUGUGCCUCUUGUAGCUUCUGCUGAUGCAAGGUUUGUAGACCUGUGUCCCCCAGAGGUGGUCGGAGGACUGAGCUAGGGAGGACAGGAACUUGAGUUCCUUAGGAUGCAUUUCUACUCUAGCCUGAGUCGGGGAAGCAUCCUUCCCAGGGUGCUCAGGUGUACCUAUUACAAACAGUACCUGCAGCAGGAUAGUUGUACGCGGAGCUGUGAUAACACUAAUGUUGGGUUUGUUUUUCUGUUUUUCUUUUUUACAACUCAUCAGAGAUAUUUGCAAAUUGCCUUUUUUUUUUUAAUUUCUUUAUCUUGACUUAAAGGUGACUGUGUAUCCCUCUGGGAGGAGCAAGAAGAAAGCAGGAAUGUUAGUAAUGGCAAACAGAAGACUUCCUCCCUUAUUAAUAUAUAACCCUCACGUAUUUAUGCCUAACGUAAGCUGACCUUCAAAAGGCUUUCUUUCGUUGCAUGCCCUGUGCAGGCAUUUGUAUUGUACAUGCAUGCCUUUUGUCCUGUUUUCCUGUAUAAAGUUAGUGGACAAAGAAAUAUUUUUGCCUAGUUCAUGUUGCCAAGCAAUGCAUAUUUUUUAAAUUUGUCAUAUAUGGAAAGAGCAUGUUUGUUACAUGUAAAAGCUUUACUGAUAUACAGAUAUACUAAUGUUUGAAGAUGCUGUUCUUUGCAAGUGUACAGUUUUCAAAUGUUGUUACCAGUGACAACACCCUUGUGGUCUAAACUUGCUACAAUGUAUUUAUUAUUCAUUUCCUCCUACAGAAUUAAGAAUCAUGGCUAUAUUUCAUAUGGUUAUAUUGAGAGUGAAGGGAAAUGAUUAAUACAAAGUUUUGUAACA